AGAGUCCUCAAUUUCGUGACAGAAGGCCUGAUUGUGGCGAUAAGGUUAGCAUUGAGCGCAAGCCGCCUUUACUUCCUGGGCAAGCUGAUACCUAUCAAUCGGAUGGGCCUGAGGAUCGAACCCUAGUUCUUCACAACAGUUUAGUGCCUGAUUUACUGAACAAUCAAGGCUUAUUCACUGGAAUAAUUAUGCAUGAAAUCGUUAGACAAGAAAUAAAUUAGUAGAAUAUAGUAAGUCAAAAUGUUAGCAACAAAAUAACGUUUAAUCGAAGAAAAUUAAAUGCAUGCAUAUACAUCGAUCGGUCAAAUUAGGAGCUUUAGUGAGCAAAGUGAUAAUUUCUCCCUCCCAAAAAUAUGUGUUCGCUGUGCCCCUUUCAUAAACUGCGACAAUUUUAAAAACCCCAUCUCUCCCCUUCAAGUGUGACAUCAUUAUGAAGGAUCUUAAAAUGAAACUUUUCCACCGAGUUUAGUUAUUGUAUAAACCAGAUAUCAGUUAAAAAAAAUUAUGAAAAGCAAAUCUGAGAGCGUAGAUAUCUUAUCAUUUGCAUGUAUUACAUGAUAUGAGCAACUACGUCAACAGAUAAGAAGAAAUAAUAGUUCACGAAUGGCAAAUUUGCGAUAAGACCAAUGGUGUUUUAGGUUUUUAUGGAUAGAAUAAAAAAAUAUUUAUCACAGACGAGAACGGCUAAUUUUCAUAUUAAGUUUGAAUCAUGUCGAACGAAACUGGAAAAGUAUUCAAGUUCGACUGGAAAAUUGGCUUCAUCUGGAAAUUCAUUAAUCGAGCGGUUGAAUACGAGAAAACAAGUCCCAUAGUUGUGGCUAAGCAAUUGAAUGGUACAAAAUGGUAUUUAAGAAUGUACCGAAAUCAAUCAUCACUUCCAGGUGGUUUUACGUGUUGUCUAUGCAGGGAAAAUCACGACAGCAAAUCUGAAAAUAUAUCAGUAACAUAUAAAUUAGAGCUGAUUGAUAUGGAUGGGAAGGUUUUUAAAUCAGUCAUGAAGGAAAAUAUCACUUUUUCAAAAAAAUCUAGCAGCGAAGUUGACAGUUUUCUAGAUUCUAAUACCGUGAAACUCUUAAUACGCAAAUAUCCGGAAAAACUUACGUUUUCGACAGGAACUCUCCGCUGCCACAUAUUUGACGCAAGCUACAAAAAACAAGUAAUAACGGUGGGAAUUCCGACUGUGAUCCAUGCACAGUGGAAAAUAGAUAUUCCUGGUCCUGAAAAUUGGAUGAAGAAAGUAAAAGUUCCAUUUCACGAAUGUACUCAUAUAGAUAUUAUAAUGCAAGAUUCCUAUGAAAGAAUUAACAUGAAAAUUGAAAAAGUGGAUUCGUUACAACCUUAUAAAAUGAAUAUAUCAAUAUUGAGUGCUGAAAAUCGUAAAAUAGAUUGCGAAUUGUCAAAAAAAGCCGUCGAAAACCAGAAAUUUGAGACUUGGAUUGAAAAAAGUCAACUUGUGGACAAAUCAUGCUUCCACUUACCGUAUUCGUUCACUCUGGUAUGUUUCAUUACUACUUCUGAUGGAAAUUCUGAUUCAAUCGCAGAGAAUGGGAAGCUGGAGGAUUCCUCUCCAAGUUUAAAGGCUUCUCCUUUAACUCUGCAAAAAGAUCUUAAGAAAAUGUUAUUGAAUGACAAGCAUAGUGACGUAAAAUUGAAGACACGUGACAAAAUCAUAGCUGCUCACAAAUGCUUGUUGUCAGCCCGAUCUCCCGUGUUCGCCACCAUGUUCAAUCAAGAUAUGUUGGAAACUCAGACUGGCGUAGUUGAUACUCUAGAUGUGGAAAGUUAUACUCUCCAAUCAUUUUUAGAGUUUCUGUAUACUGACACGAUAACCGAUGCCGAUUGCGAGGAAGUUUUGAAACUGAUGUUAGUGGCUGAUAAAUAUCAAGUUGACAACCUGAAAGAACGAUGCUCACAAAUACUGACUGCAAAAUUGAGCGUGGGAAACAUUUGCCAUGUAAUUUCUGUUGCUGAAAGGGUAAAUCAACCAGUACUAAAACUGUCUGCAUUCGAUUUUAUAAGAGCAAACAAAAGAGAAAUUCUUUCGUCCUCUGUUUGGUCAAAGUGGAUGAAAGAGAAUAUGGAAUUGGCUAAUGAUAUUUUAUUGAAAAUGAUUGUCGAUUAAAACCAUAACCACUUUAUGUGAAAGUGAGUAACUCAUUUUUUAUAAAUUUAUAUCAUUGCUAGAAUUUUAUUUAUUUCGAAGGUUUUCCGUUGACAUAACAAGUAUAUUUUAUUUUUAAAAUCAGCAAUUGAAUCGUUUUUAUCAUAAUAUCGAUGACGCUAUAAUAUAGCACACAUUACUAUCAUAUUUGACAUGACUUCCCAGGGUGGGGCAAGGACUUCCUCUGAAUAUUUCACUAAGGCAGCCUUCGGUUUAACCUGGACUGUCAAUCUUUUCUUCCAAUCACUUUAAAAUCUGAUACCACAGAAUCGAGCCACAGCGGUUUUGGCCUUCUUCUUUUUCGAUUGAUAAAGGGCUUCUUUUAAUCCAUUCUUUCUGAUAAUAUCGGAAGCAAAUUUAAUUUUUCUAUUUUAUUUUAAUAUUCUUGAUGAUAUCUGGCUCU